AUGAAGUCAAGUCUCUCAGUCAAUGCUUUGUUAGCAUUGGCAAGCCCUGCCGCAGCAUACACCUCAUGGAGCUAUACCAAUGUGUCUGAUCCUUACUAUGGACAGAGUCCGCCGGUCUAUCCCUCCCCUGCCGGCAAUGGCUCAAGUAGCCCUCAAUGGGCCAAUGCUUAUGCUCAAGCACGCAGCCUCCUUGCUCAAAUGACACUUGAAGAAAAGGUCAACGUAACUCGCGGAUUCACUGGAACCUGCGUCGGCAACACUGGUGCCGUACCUCGUCUAGGUAUCAAGCCAAUGUGUCUUUCAGACGCCCCAGACGGUAUCCGUGGUCAGGAAUUUGUCAGUGCUUUCCCUGCUGGUAUUCAUGUUGCUGCCACAUUCGACAAGGAUCUCAUGUAUGCCUACGGCCGUGCUUUGGGCGAGGAGUAUCAUGGUAAAGGUAUUAACAUUGCUCUUGGGCCUGUCGCAGGACCGUUGGGAAGGGUUGCCAGAGGAGGCAGGAACUGGGAAGGUCUUUCUGCGGAUCCUCAUCUUGCUGGUGCUGGUAUGGGAGCUAUCACUAGAGGUAUUCAGGAUGUUGGCGUCAUCGCUACUGCGAAGCACUGGCUGCUCAACGAGGAAGAAUUCCGCCGAAACCCUGCGAUUGGGGAAGCCAUGUCAUCCAACACUGACGACAAAACUCUGCAUGAAUUGUACGUUUACCCCUUCAUGGAUGCUCUGCGAGAGAACGUGGGCAGUGUUAUGUGCAGCUACCAACGCUCCAACAACUCCUAUGGUUGCCAGAACUCCAAACUCCUUAAUGGAGUCCUCAAAACCGAACUAGGCUUUUCUGGUUUCGUCAUGUCCGAUUGGGAAGCACAACACUCGGGUGUCGCCUCCGCGAAUGCUGGUCUCGAUCUUGUCAUGCCCGAUGGUGGUUUCUGGGGUGGCAAUCUCACACAGGCAGUCAACAAUGGCUCUGUCUCCAUUGAUCGUUUGAAUGAUAUGGUCACUCGUCAGCUGGCUUCAUUCUUCUAUGUUGGUCAGGGCAAUGGGUUCCCAACCGCAGCUGUGCACAGCAAUCUACAACUUCAGGAGCCCGUCAACGUUCAAGACGACCACUCCGAUCUGAUCAGAGAAAUUGGCGCUGCAGGCACUGUCUUGGUCAAGAAUGUCAACAACACUCUACCUCUCAAGAACCCUCGCUUCUUGGCAGUAUAUGGAUAUGAUGCAACCGUGAAGGCAUCCCCUUGGCAGAAUCCUACAAGAUAUGGUGGUGGAUACGAAGUCAACUUUGGGUGGAACACCUUCAACGGCACAAUGAUCACUGGCGGAGGGUCUGGUGGUAGCACACCUCCAUACGUCAUCUCACCCUUCCAAGCCAUCCAAGAACGUAUCGCCAAAGACAAGGGAAUUCUUCGCUGGGACUUCUACUCAGAAAAUCCCACACCGCCUUACGUCAACACUGAUGCCUGCUUGGUCUUUGUCAACGCUUACGCAUCCGAGAGCUUCGAUCGCACAACCUUGGCGGACGAGUUCAGCGACAACCUGAUCAAGAACGUCGCCGCCAACUGCUCAAACACCAUUGUUGUGAUUCACAGUGCUGGUAUUCGUGUUGUUGACGAGUGGAUUGGCCAUGAGAACAUUACCGCCGUGCUCUUCGCAGGUCUUCCAGGUCAAGAAUCAGGACACUCGCUAACAGAUAUUCUCUAUGGCGACGUCUCACCUUCUGGCCGCCUUCCCUACACUGUCGCCAAGAAAGAAGAAGACUACGGCAGUCUUCUCAAUUCCACCAUCUCUUUUGCUCCUUAUCCUCAGUCCACCUUCUCGGAAGGUGUAUACAUCGACUACCGCCACUUCGACCACUACAACAUCACUCCACGAUUCGAAUUCGGCUUUGGGUUGUCCUACUCCACUUUCAACUACUCCAAACUGCACACGGCAAAAUUGGCCGAUGGAGACUUAUCUCCUUACCCCAAUGCAAACGUCGCCAUUGUCCCUGGUGGUCACCCUCAGCUCUGGGACGAGAUCUUCUCGGUUUCAUUCGACGUCAUUAACACUGGCAAGACGUUUGCUCACGAAGUCCCUCAAGUCUAUGUGGGCAUUCCAGGUGCACCUAAGAAGCAAUUGAGAGGCUUUGAUCGUGUGCCCCUGCAGCCUGGACAGACCAAGAGAGUCAAUAUUCCUCUCACGAGAAGGGAUCUGAGUGUUUGGGAUGUGGUGGCUCAGCAGUGGAAGUUGCAAGCCGGAACGUAUAAGCUUUGGAUCGGUGCCAGUAGUAGAGAUGUCAAGUUAGAGGGUAGUCUCACUGUGUGA